AUGGGGACUGGAAACUACACAACUGUGACAGAAUUCAUUAUUUUGGGGUUAACAGAGGACUCUACAGUUUGUGCCAUUUUGUUUGUUCUGUUUCUAGGAAUCUACAUAGUCACUUUAAUGGGCAAUGUCAGCAUCAUCGUGUUAAUCAGAAAUAGCCCUCAGCUACACACCCCUAUGUACCUUUUUCUCUGUCAUUUGGCCUUUGUAGACAUUGGGUACUCCUCAUCAGUCACACCUGUCAUGCUCAUGGGUUUCCUUAGGAAAAGAACCUCUAUCCCUGUUGCUGGCUGUGUAGCCCAGCUCUGUUCUGUGGUGACAUUUGGGUCAGCUGAGUGCUUCCUGCUGGCUGCCAUGGCCUAUGACCGCUACGUGGCCAUCUGCUCCCCCCUGCUCUAUUCCACUCAUAUGUCCCCCAGAGUCUGUAUCCUCUUAGAGGGGAUAUCCUACCUAGGUGGAUGUUUGAAUGCUUGGACAUUUACUGGCUGUUUAUUAAAUCUGUCCUUUUGUGGACCAAAUAAAGUCAAUCACUUUUUCUGUGACUAUUCACCGCUUCUGAAGCUUUCUUGCUCACAUGAUUUUACUUUUGAAAUAAUUCCAGCCAUCACUUCUGGCUCCAUCAUUGUGGUCACCGUCUUUAUCAUUGCUCUUUCUUAUGUCUAUAUUCUCUUCGCAAUCCUGAAGAUGCGCUCUACAGAAGGACGGCGCAAAGCCUUCUCCACCUGUACCUCCCACCUCACAGCUGUCACUCUCUUCUAUGGGACCAUCACCUUCAUAUAUGUCAUGCCCAAGUCCAGCUACUCAACUGAACAAAACAAAGUCAUAUCUGUGUUCUACACAGUUAUGAUCCCCAUGUUGAACCCCCUUAUCUACAGUUUGAGGAAUAAGGAAGUUAAAGAGGCCAUGAGAAAAUUAAUAACUAUACAUUGGUGGUCCUAA